AGAGAGAAGAUCAUGGUUGGCGUAUACCCUGUUCUGAUUGGUGGAAUCAUUCUCGUGCUGUUUGAGAUGGGCUCCUCCAUCGCAUCUUUCGUACACAUUAGCAUCCUGGACAACGAGUUUGGUGAAGGUCUGAACAAGGCUAUGGACAAGUAAGCGGUUCAUAUAAGUCCUAAAAAUAUGUUGAUUUUUUGUACAAAAAAAACAAAACGAUUUGAUAGAGUGUUCCGUGAGACCCUGAACAAUCUGUUUCAUGACACCAUGAAGAAUCUGCUUCAUGACACACUGAACAAUCUGCUUCAUGACACACUGAACAAUCUGUUUCAUGACACCAUGAAGAAUCUGCUUCAUGACACCCUGAACAGUCUAUUUCAUUACACCAUGAACAAUCUGUUUCAUGCUACCCUGAAAAGUUUAUUUCAUGACACACUGAACAAUCUGUUUCAUGACACCAUGAAGAAUCUGCUUCAUGACACCCUGAACAAAUCUAUUUCCCUACACCAUGAACACUCUGUUUCAUGCUACCCUGAACAAUCUAUUCCAUGACACCCUGAGCAAUCUCCUCAAAGCUUGAAGUCAUUGAUAACUGAAACAAAGAUAAACAUUGCCAUCCGCAGCCUUCUCCAACAAGAAUCACCCUUUUAUUGUCAUCAUAGCAAAGACAAACAUGGACAUUUCGAUCUGUUCAUUGACAUUGAUUGCAUGUAAGUUGUUUGUUUUUUUUUAAAUUAAUGUUUCCUGCCAGGUACAUUGAAGGAGGUGAACUGAAACGGGAGAUGGACUCUGUCCAGAUCAGCUUCAGGUGUUGUGGGGACAAGGCUUACACAGACUGGUUCAGGUACUCGUGGCUGGAGACAGAGAGCGUCAGGACAUCCGGGGACUCUUUGAAAAAGUAGGUCAUUUCUUGUGUGGUGCAUAUACUUAUCACAUCAGUUGUUCUGUAUAUAAACGUAUCGCAUGAUUAUGACUGUAUGUAAACUGGUCACGUGGUCCAGCAUUUUCCUAAACUUGUCAUUUAAGUAGGGAUAUAUAUAAAACUUAUCAUUUAGUAUGGCUGUUUUUCUAAACGUGUCAUUGCUGGAUAUAAACUUGCCUAUCAGAAGUAUGGCUGAAAUUUAACUUCUAAAAAAAUUGCAGAUGUUGUAAACCAGAACAGAGUCUGUUAUUAUAAAAAGAAAUGGUAUUAUUUUAAAUUUUCUGAAAGCUACUUACGGACAACAUAUUGGUAUAUUUCAUAUAAUAUAUUUCAUUUUCAUAAAUAUAAACAUUUAUCAUUGCCAUAUGCAUGUUAUAUUUUGGUAGUCAUCUGUACAUCUCAUCCCAAUAAGAACUACGGAACCAGCAACUCGAUUGCAUAGAUAAAUAUAGUAGUUUAAUCUAUUUUAUUUAAAGUAUCAAAGUUAAUUCAUUCCACCCACCGCCCCGGCCACCAACCCCCCCCCCCAGGUAUCUACAAAGUGACGGCAAGUACUACAGUGACGACACCCCCUUUAGCUGUUGCGACAUGCGGUCACCGAGACCCUGUAUACACCACCACGUUCAUGACGCCAAACAACACCACCUGUACAACUUCAACAUGGAGACCACCUUACACAGCGUGGGCUGUCGGGAGGCGCUGAUGGCCAUUUACGGGAAUGUUCUGCUCACG